AUGGGUCAUGGUUCUCUUGAGUGGCGGAUGGGCCAUAUUCUUGCUGGGGUUUUGAUCUCUGAAAGUUGUUCUUCCAGAUGGUGGUUUGGUGAAGUCUGGUUCUGGUUUGCUGAGCAACAUGAGUUCAAAAAGCCAAAUGAUGACCGUGCUCUUCAUCUGAUGACCAAGUGUGCCCAGACAGUGAUGCAAGAACUGGAAGAUAUUGCUAUCGCUUAUGGACAAAGCGAUGAAUACAGUUUUGUUUUCAAAAAGAACAGUAGAUGGUUUAAAAGAAGAGCAAGUAAGUUCAUGACUCACGUGGUCUCCCAGUUUGCCUCAAGUUACGUUUUCUAUUGGAAGGAUUACUUUAAGGAUCAGCAACUUCUGUAUCCACCAGGUUUUGAUGGACGAGUUGUGUUGUAUCCCAGCAACCAAAACUUAAAGGACUACCUCAGUUGGAGACAAGCAGAUUGCCAUAUUAAUAACCUUUACAAUACAGUGUUUUGGAUGCUUGUACAACGAAGUGGUUUGACACCAGUACAAGCACAGGAUAGACUUCAGGGAACUUUGGCUGGAGACAAGAAUGAAAUUUUAUUUUCUGAAUUCAACAUCAACUACAACAAUGAGCCUUUGAUGUAUAGAAAAGGAACUGUCCUAAUAUGGCAGAAGGUUAAUGAAGUCAUAACAAAGAAAAUAAAACUGCCAAAGGACACAGAGGAAAAAGAAGUUGAAGUGACCCGGACUAGGACUAAAGUUGUUCCUCUACACUGUGACAUUAUAGGGGACCAGUUCUGGGAAGAAUAUCCUGAGAUUCUGGCUGAGGAGAGUUGAUUUCUGCAGCAGGUGUAACUGGCAAUUUACAUUUUGCUCUGCUAGGGUUGUUGCAAAGUGAGGAGUAUGGAUUGUGGCUGGCAGAGUUUAACUCCUAACCCUCUUCAGCAACUACAUUGUUUACAGCACUGUUGUUGCCUGAGAAACAGACACUGGUCUGUUGUCUGACACACAAAGAUAUGUCCAAUAUGGAAAAGGUAAAAUUAUAUUAUGUUUUGAAUGUUAAGAACUCGUUAUAAAUUAAAAGACUGUUCCUUGUAAAUGCAUAUGUGCAAAAAGAUUAUAGAAAUUUUAUGCAUUUCUAUAGUAUUCUUUAAGUUGCAGGACACUAUUGAACUGUCAAACUAUAUAAAAGACUAUGUAUUUGAACAGUUAAAAGCAGAGGAAAAAAUAAUUCUUUUGAUUAUUGUUUCAGUUAUGAGACAGACCAGAGUACUUCAAUUGGCAAUUGGUAAUAAAUUUCAAGGCCAAUGUGUUUAGUCAAGUUAGUGACAAAAUAUUCAACUACCUAAUGCCUCUGGCCCUUGCAAAAAGGAAAUGGAGUAGCCUGUCAGUUUCCUACAACUGAUUUUUAAAAGCUUUUGUCAACUGCACAGGAUUUUUAUACUUAUUUUAAGAUUUAAAAGAAAUAACAAUUUCUUCCCUGCUGUGUGUGUUACUUCAACUUACCUCAUUGUGGUGACUCUUACUGGUAAUUAGUGAAGGUUUCAAGUAGUUAAGCUAAUAGUAAAGAUAUUGUACAGACCUCAGUUCUGUCAGGACAUGGGUAAAACAUUGUGCUGUCAUUUUUCUGUGGCCUGGGAAACCAUCUAUCUCCUACUGUGCAGUAGGCUGAAAAGCAGCAACACAGGGGAACAUUCCUUGUGCUUGCGGAGAGGAUGCUAGCAAGAAUUUGGGUGGUUGUUCUUAGAGAUAUAAAUAUAGCAGUGAUGACGAUACCUGAUCGUUAAAGAGAGAGAAAAGUAUGAUGGGCAUGUGUGUGCCUGGUCUAUGCACAGUUUUGUUCUGAUUUUAAGUAUCAGUUGAAGACUCUUUGUCAAAAGAGUUAAAUCAUACAAUCUCUCAGAGCAGAAAUAUCUCUGUUAAUAUAAAAGGGCUGGUCCCCCUGUAAUUGGAAUUUUAGAGAGAAAAACUAUUUCAGUACAAAAUACCCAUAAUACCAUUAUAGUUGCAUUUUUCCAAGGGUAUUAUUACUGCUUUAACCAUACUGGUUUCAAAAAGAUGGUGCUAGAGCAGUCAUCUAGCUGAAGAGCCAUUGGUAACGGAAAGUUUAUACUCAGCAGUUGAGACUGACCAUAAACGUGGAAAGAGAUGAUCAAGUGUGACCGAAGGUUAGCAUUGAGUUGGUUUCAUUCAUUGAUACAGCAGCUUCCUUUCCACUUUCAUACUUUCCUUCCUGUGGGAAGGACCUCCACAUUUGAAACAAAGUGUUUUUUUUUUUCUUUUUCUUCUAAUUCUAAAUAAGAAUUAAUAAAUUACUUAGAAUUAGUAAAUAACUCAGAUCUAAUUCGAAAAACUGCACUAAAUGGGUACUGAUGUUAAAUACUACUUGGCAGUUUCUUCCUUUUUCUGAAAAUGAAUAAUGAGUCUAUGCAUUUAUAAAAGCACAGUGCUCCCCCUUCACUACUGUGUCUUAACACUGAGAAGUUAAGUACGCGCAAUAAGAGAAUGUGGCUGUAUAGUCCCCAGGAAGAGGAUGUGAGGGAUUGUGAGGUGAUGAUUCUGAAUGAAUCAUUAUACUACAGUCAUUUAGCAGUAAGAACUUCUGAUGCUACUCUGCAUGGGUUUUCUUUGUCCUAUAAGACGAAUGUACUUGACCUUGAUAUGCUAUGGUGCCUGACUUCAGACAUUGCAUACAGCGCAUUACAUAUAAAACAAAGUCUUCAUUCCAGAGGUGGCAAUAUCUGGAUUUUGCAAUCUGAGCAAAGAUGAAAAACAGUUUUUGGCAUAAAUGAUUCUGCUUCUGCUUGAUAAAUAUUAUUUAGGUUUUUUAAUCAUACAUAUAUUAUGACUACCUGAUACACAUAGAUAUAUAUCAUAGUAUGUAUGCAUUGUGUGUGUGUAUAUAUAUAUAUUUUAAAAAAUACGUCUAUAUUAAGUCUUACAUCCUUGGAACUUUUCCAUUUAACUCAUCCUCACUGCAGUAUGUAGUAAGUGAACGUGUCUAUUAACAUGUGGAUGCAGACUU